AUGGUUGAUGCUUUUUAUUCAAUUUCUGAUAUCAACGAACGAUUUAAUCGAUUAGUACGUGAUUCUCUUUAUAUUCGUCAUCUUGAUAUGACCACUAUUACAAACAUGAAUUCACUCUAUAACCAAAUCUCUUCAAUGGAUCCUCAACUUCUUUCAAGAAUUUGUCAAAAAAUCUUACCUCGAAUUCAUCAUGAAGUAUAUAAACUUACUGUUGAACAAGAUUCAAUGAAACAAAUUCUUCUUGCUGCCAAUUAUCCUAGACUUUACUCAUUAUCGCUUAUAAAUUUUGAAGAAGAAAUAAUUUAUCAAUAUUUAACAGAUAAUUUGGUUCUUCGUGAUCUUCUUACCAAACAAAUAACACAUCUUAAUAUCGAUAUAAAAAAACCAGUAGACCCCUGGUCGGAUACUCUUUUAAAUAUUAUUGCAUUAAUCUUAUCUUUAUGUAAAAAAUUAACUGUUUUGAAUUUUGAAAUUAGUAUGUCAUCAACUUUGAUGAAAUUGACAAUCAUUGUCUUGAAUUUUGCUGAUUGUCGUUGUGUGGUUGAUGGGCGUUUUCCUUGUUUAUCAACAUUAAUUAUUAACGUUGAAAAUGUUGUGGACCCAAUGGGAGAUAUAGCUGAAACAAAAAAACUUCCCAAAUUGAAAUCUUUCUCAUUCACGUCAUUUUAUCUGACAUUUAAUUAUGAUACUUUGAUUGUUCCAUUACUUUGUCAAAUGAUAAAUCUUGAAGAAUUAAAAUUAUAUCUAGAUGUAGGAAGAUUUAAUUCGACUUUUAUCGAUGGUAUUCAAUUAUAUGAUCAAUUUCUUAUUCAUAUGACACAAUUAAAAAAAUUUACAUUUUAUAUCAACACAACCGUCUUCAAAAAUAAAAAUAACACUAGAGUUGAACUUCCGUCAAAUGAAGAUAUUCAACAUAGUUUCAUCGGAAGAGGUUAUCAACAAGUAGCUUGAUCAACAAUGCGUUAUCGUUCAAAUGCUCCUUUUGAUGACACAACAACCAGUAAAACAGAUUAUAAACCUUGGAAAAUACAACCAAUUCAAACACAUAGACUUGAUGAAUAUCGAGCAAAUACUAAUGACAUGGAUUUAAAUACAAUUGAUAUGUCUAGUUUAUAUAAAUGA